AUGGCGCAAGAAGACGGCACCAACGGCAGGUUGCUGUUGAUCUCCAACCGCCUGCCCAUCACCAUCAAGCGGUCCGACGAGGGCCAGUACAGCUUCUCCAUGUCCUCUGGAGGUUUGGUCACUGGCCUCAGUGGCCUGAGCAAGACGACGACCUUUCAGUGGUACGGCUGGCCCGGCCUAGAGGUGCCCGAGGACGAGAUCCCAAAGGUAAAGCAGCAACUGAAGGACGAGUACGGCGCUUUCCCCGUCUUCAUCGACGACGACCUUGCCGACAGACACUACAAUGGUUUUGCCAACUCGAUCCUCUGGCCCCUUUUCCACUACCACCCCGGUGAGAUCACCUUCGACGAGGGCGCAUGGGAGGCAUACAAGGAGGUGAACAAGCUGUUUGCCAAGGCCGUCGUCAAGGACGUGCAGGAUGGUGAUAUGAUCUGGGUCCACGACUACCAUCUGAUGUUGUUGCCCGAGCUGCUGCGCCAAGAGCUGAACGGCAAGAAGAACAUCAAGAUCGGCUUCUUCCUGCACACUCCUUUCCCCAGCAGUGAGAUUUACCGUAUCCUGCCAGUACGAGAGGCCCUCCUCCAGGGUCUCUUGCAGUGCGAUCUCAUUGGCUUCCACACCUACGACUACGCUCGCCAUUUCCUGAGCUCCUGCUCCCGUAUCCUCGAGACCUCUACCACCCCCAACGGCGUCGCUUACAAGGGCAAAUUCGUUACCGUCGGCGCUUUCCCCAUUGGUAUCGACCCAGAAAAGUUCGUCGAAGGACUCAAGAAGCCAAAGGUACAAGAGCGCAUCGCUACCCUGUCCCGAAAGUUCGAGGGCGUCAAGCUCAUCGUUGGUGUCGACCGCUUGGACUACAUCAAGGGAGUACCGCAGAAGCUGCAUGCUCUCGAGGUUUUCCUGACUGAGCAUCCCGAGUGGAUAGGCAAGAUCGUCCUUGUCCAAGUCGCCGUCCCCUCGCGUCAAGACGUCGAGGAAUACCAGAACCUGCGCGCCGUCGUCAACGAGCUGGUCGGCCGCAUCAACGGCAAGUUUGGUACUGUCGAGUUUAUGCCUAUUCACUUCUUGCACCAGAGUGUCAACUUCGACGAGCUCUGUGCACUGUACGCUGUCUCCGAUGUCUGCCUCGUCUCUUCAACCAGGGAUGGCAUGAACCUCGUAUCCUACGAAUACAUUGCUACCCAACAUGACCGCCAUGGUGUCAUGAUCCUGUCCGAGUUCACAGGCGCUGCCCAGUCCCUGAAUGGGUCUCUCAUCGUCAACCCCUGGAACACGGAGGAACUUGCUAAUGCCAUUCACGACGCUGUCACCAUGUCCCCCGAGAUGAGAGAGGCCAACUUCCGCAAACUUGAGCGUUAUGUCUUCAAAUACACCAGUGCAUGGUGGGGUCAAAGUUUCGUUCAAGAGCUCACCAAGGUUAACGCCGAGGCGGGUGAGAAGCAACCCUUGCCGGCUAUUGGCGAUGUUGGACAGAAAAUUUCAAGCGCUGUGCAAAAUCUGAAAGAUACUGCGCCCGCAACUGAGGAAUCGCAGCGGUUCUAA